UUCUUCUUCUUCUUCCAAAAAAACCAAUAAGAUCGACUUAUGCAAAAUUGGAUCUGAAAGACCCGAUCCUUCUUUGUUCUUACGGAGGAGGAAGAGACGAAACAUAGUUACUGUACUUCCUUAGAACCUGGAAGAUAAAACUGAUCAGCCGUAAUUGUAAUUGGAAUAUCGGAAUUUGAUCCUUGAAGAAUCAGCGAUUGCUGAGUGGGUUAUGGAAGGAGUAGGAGGUCGGUUAGGGAGGUCCUCGACUCGUUACGGAGGACCGGCGACGGUUUUCACGGGUCCGGUGAGGAAGUGGAAGAAGAAGUGGGUUCACGUCUCUCCCUCCACCAAGAAACUCAAUCACUCCUCCUCAUCCGCAGCUUCCGACGCCGCUAACGGAUCGCAUUUGCUGUUCUUCAAGUGGGCGCCAUUGUCUCAGACCGGUAACGGGAACGAAGAUGGUAAAAGCGAGAGUCCUUCUCCGAGCGAAGACACUCUGGCAACGGUAGCAGCAGAAGAUCCUCCGCGGCGGCGCAGAUUCAAAUACGUGCCGAUUGCAGUACUUGAGGAGCAGAAGAAUGAAGUUACAGAAAUCGAGGAAGAUGAUAAGGUUGAGGAAGAGGAGCAGAAGAAAGAAAUUGAGCAAGAAGCAAGUGCAGCAGAGCUAAGUGACAAGAGAGCACAAGUUGAGGAAAAACCAGACAUGAAUGAUGUUCCUAUGGAAGAUAAUCAGCAGGAGGAAGAAAAAACAGUGCGGCCAGAUCUGAACGAAAGCACUAAGGAUUCAGGACUCAACUUGAAUGCAAACGAUGUAGAUUCUGAGAACAAUCCGAGCCAAUAGAAGAGAGAUAAAAUGGCGUCAUUCUUUACCCUGUUUCACUGUCGUCAGUAACAAAGACACAUACAUAAAACUAGAAAACAACUGUUAGAGAUGGAUGCAGAUCCUUGUUCUGGUCUGUUCUUUUUUCCUUUUAUUGACCAGACUCAUUCAUUCGGUACUAAACAUUCGAUUCAUAGAAGAUUCUUGUUUUUCUCUGAAUUUUAAUUUGCUUAUGAAUGAUGAUUCACUGUGAAAGAAUAUGAAUAGAGCUUUUGACCUCAUUGGUUUGAGCAAAUAUCAUCCCUGUUACGUCUC